AUGUCAGCUCAACAUCCAUUUGCUGCGUCAAGAAACAAGCUUCAUGGUCGGAAGUAUGCUGUCCCCUACCUUUCCCAUGUUGAAUUUUGUUGCCUAGACGAUUCCGGAGUGGGCAGUGCCGCAGCAAUCCCAGAAUUGCGAGGUCGCAAACAGCAUCCCACAGAGGACCACGCAGCAAACUCUCCAACUUCGACUACUAUAUCGGAGUCUGGAGGCAGUUUCUACCGCAUGGACGAACCUCUGCGGCCCACACUCCGCAGUCUGCCAGUCAAUUUGAACACUCCUCGUAAAAUCACCAUUCGCUCUGACAUAGCUUUGGUCACCUGCUUUGACCCGGCAGACAUGGAAUUAUAUACCCUUUGGGCUCCCAAACCUUAA